GCGCGAGGACGAGCUUCGCCCUAGCUCCGCGGCGUCCCGAGCGUCAGAGGGGCAGCCCUAGGGGAGAGUGCGAGGGUAGCCGGCCGCAGCCGUACGGACGUUCCGUCUGCGCGGUUUUUCUCUCGGCCGGCAGCACGGUGCUUUCCGGCUGCCGUCAAGCGCGGCAGUGGGCUGGAGGGCGGGGGCCAAGGGGCUGCCAUGGCGGCGGCGGGCCGGCUGCCGGGCUCCUGGGUGCUGCUGGCGCCGCUGCUUGGGGGGCUCGCGCUGCUGGGAGUCGGGCCAGUCCCCGCGCGGGCGCUGCACAACGUCACGGCCGAGCUCUUUGGAGCCGAGGCCUGGGGCACCGUGGCGGCCUUCGGAGACCUCAACUCUGACAAGCAGACGGACCUCUUCGUGCUGCGGGAAAGAAAUGAGUUAAUCGUCUUUUUGGCAGACCAGAACGCACCCUAUUUUAAACCCAAAGUAAGGGUAUCCUUGAAGAAUUACAGUACAUUGAUAACAAGUGUAGUCCCAGGGGAUUAUGAUGGAGAUUCACAAAUGGAUGUCCUUCUGACAUAUCUUCCCAGAAAUCAUGCCGGCGGUGAAUUAGGAGCUGUUAUCUUCUGGGGACAAAAUCAAACAUUAGAUCCUGACAAUAUGACCAUACUCAAUAGAACUUUUCAAGAUGAACCACUGAUUAUGGACUUCAAUGGUGAUUUAAUUCCUGAUAUAUUUGGUAUAACAAAUGAAUCCAACCAGCCACAGAUACUACUGGGAAGGAAUUUAUCAUGGCAUCCUGCAUUGACUACUAAAAGUAAAAUGCGAAUUCCACAUUCUCAUGCAUUCAUUGAUCUGACGCAAGAUUUUACAGCUGAUUUAUUCCUCACAACAUUGUCUGCCUCUGGUACCUUCCAGUUUGAGAUAUGGGAAAAUGUGGAUGGAAAUUUCUCUCUCAGUACUGUGUUUGAAAAACCUGAAAAUAUGAUGAUGGUUGGACAGUCAGCAUUUGCAGACUUUGAUGGAGAUGGAAAUAUGGAUCACUUACUGCCAGGCUGUGAAGAUGAAAACUGCCAGAAAAGUACCAUUUACUUAGCAAGAUCUGGAACAAAGCAGUGGAUUCCUGUCCUGCAGGAUUUUAGCAAUAAGGGCACACUCUGGGGCUUUGUGCCUUUUGUGCGUGAACAACAACCAUCGGAAAUACCAAUUCCAAUUACCCUUCAUAUUGGAGACUACAACAUGGAUGGCUAUCCAGAUGCUCUUGCCAUACUGAAGAAUACGUCUGGAAGCAAUCAGCAGGCCUUUUUACUGGAGAAUGUCCCUUGUAAUAAUGCAAGCUGUGAGGGAGCACAUCGCAUGUUUAAGGUCUACUGGGAGCUGAUGGACUUAAACCAAAUCAGAGAUGCCGUGGUCGCUACCUUCUUUGACAUUUACGAAGAUGGAAUCUUAGACAUUAUAGUACUAAGUGAAGGAUAUACAAAGAAUGAUUUUGCCAUCCAUACACUAAAAAAUAACUUUGAAGCAGAUGCUUAUUUUGUUAAAGUCAUUGUUCUUAGUGGUCUCUGUUCUAAUGAUUGUCCUCGUAAGAUAACACCUUUUGGAGUGAAUCAGCCUGGACCUUAUAUCAUGUAUACAACUGUAGAUGCAAAUGGAUAUCUGAAAAAUGGUUCAGCUGGACAACUCAGCCAGUCGGCACACUUAGCUCUCCAACUACCAUACAAUGUACUUGGUUUAGGUCGAAGUGCAAAUUUUCUUGAUCAUCUUUAUGUUGGUAUCCCCCGACCAUCAGGAGAGAAGUCUAUACGAAAACAAGAAUGGACUGCAAUCAUUCCAAAUUCUCAGCUAAUUGUCAUUCCAUAUCCUCACAAUGUUCCUCGAAGCUGGAGUGCCAAACUGUAUCUUACACCAAGUAACAUUGUUCUCCUCACGGCCAUAGCUCUCAUUGGUGUCUGUGUCUUCAUCUUGGCAAUAAUUGGGAUUUUACAUUGGCAGGAAAAGAAAGCAGAUGAUAGAGAAAAACGACAAGAAGCCCAUCGGUUUCAUUUUGAUGCUAUGUGACUUGCCUUUAAUAUUACAUAAUGGAACAGCUAUUCACUUGAUUAAUGGAAAUACUAAGCCUGCUUAUAGAAGAAAAUAGGAGAUUUUGAAUAUUAUUUAUAAAUGAUGCAUCCCUUGGUAAUUAUUGGAAAGUAUUCAAAUAAAUAUGGUAUGAAUGUGUUAUAAGGUCUUUUUUUAAAGCAUUUUGUAUACAGUAAUUUGGGUUCUUUUUUCAAUGGUACUGUACAUUUUUGCUCCUUUGUGGAAUGUGUUGCAUGUACUCAGGUGUUUAUGUAUUUAUAAUCUUAUUAGAAUAAUGAUGGUAAAAGACAUAUGUAAAUAAAAAUAUUUAAAUGAGCAGGGGGUUUUGUGAUCCAUUUGAAUUGGUCUUGCUUCUUAUUCUAAUGAUGCAGAUUAUACUUCUGUGACUGUAUCAUGGAUAAAGUUAUUAACCAUUCACCGUCAUUAUAGCAGACGAGAAGUCUCUCACUAGGGGCUUUCAGUAUAGGGGUUGGCUACCCUGGCUUUGGAAUGGCAGUCAGACCGGUCUUAAAACUCCUGGUUGCACCACUUACAAGCUAUCUGAACUUGCUAAUUGCUUAGGCCUCACUUUUGUUGUUUAGAAACAAAGCUUAUACUACUACUCAUUCGAAUUAUCGAAUACAUCAAAUGGGAUGCUGUAUACAAAGUACUGAGCUUGCUGCCUAGGACAGAGGACGUUCUCAGUAAGCGGUAGUUGUUCGUUAUUACUAUUUUUAGAUAAUUUUCUACAGACUUCUCCAACUAAUUAUCAAAACAUAUAGACUUGGUAGGGUUUUAUUUUCAGGCAUGUGGAACUCAUAGUCUGGAAAAACAAAAUUCUUGGUGGUUGACACCCUAUAUAAAGAUUUACUACUUGCUUAUAUUAACUGAAAACUAGAUCGUAAUACCCUCCAAGAAAUAAUGUGCCCUAAUAAUUUUCAUUUGAACACUGAUCCUCAUCAUGUAGUAAAGAAGAGCAUUUGAUUUUUUGCAAGGAAACUACUGUAGAUAUAGCAUCUAGGAAUGCAAAUCUUCCGUAACAUAUUCAAAAGCCUGUAAAGGUCUAUAAUUUACAUUCAGACUUCAAUGCAAAUUUUUGUGAACUUCACCUUGCCAAAAAGUUGUAUCUAAGAUUGGGAGGGGGAGGUAUGUAUCAGUGCUAAUGAUUUUCUAAUAUGCAUGUGGACAUGUGAUGGCUAUAAAACACAAGAUCUUAUCUGAAAACAACUAAUUUUGUUCUUUGUUAUAUUUUUUCUUUAUAGUUCACUGGGAGUGGCAUGUGUAUAAAUGGUAUACUUUGUGUAUGUAAGCAUGUUAAUAUAUCUUCUUAAUAAAUAUUCUGUAUUAAAACAAA